CCCGUAAGAUCUUGAUGCUGACCCGACCGCGUUUUACUGCUACGCGUAGGCCUGGGAGAAGAUGGACGACAAGGAAAAGGAAGAGACGGAUAAGAAAAAGCAGAAAACGUCCAAAUCCGGUCAACAAUUUGUAGGCAACACUGACAAGGCCGCAGAGGCUCGCAAGGAGGUCAGCGAGAAGGGAGCAAAGAAGAGCAAAGACGGAGCUGCCGAGAAGGAGCAAGAGCAGCCUGAGGAUGACAACAAGCGCAAGACUAGGAGUUCCAGUCGCCCAAAAGAAGACAGAGCUGAAGAGGCGAGCAACAAAAAGUCAAAGACGCAAGCCGAUGAGACGAAACAGAACAAGGCGCAAGAGAAGCCAAAGAGUGCAGGCGGGAAGAAGACGGGAGCAGCUAAUGGCAAGGCGAAUGGAGAGAAGGAGAAGGCGGAGGACGGUAAAAGCAAAGCGAGUGGCAAGAAGGAAGCCGACAUUUCGACGUCCAAGCACGAGGGCAAGCACGGCUCCAAAGGGGACUCUGCGGAAAUUCCGGACGGUGCGUCUCAAGCUAGCGCAUCUCGCCUUCCCAAAGCUGGACAAGUGGCGCAUUGGAAGUCCAUGCCUGGUUGGGUCAAGGGUGAGGUGGUCAAGGUCUUGACCGAAGCCACGACGGUGGACGGAAAAAGCGUGAAAGCUUCGAAAGAUGACCCUCGGAUCGUUCUCAAGAGUCAUGGACCUAGCGGCAAGCAGGCUGUACACAAAGCCCAGGCUGUCUACUUCUAAGCUCGGCUUCGCGUGAGCACGAAGCUUUGUCUAUGGAGGGGUCGUGGUCCAUCUGAUCAAAUUCCAAGCGACUCAUGCAUUGCAUCUGCCCUUCCCCGCACUGCACGGUACCAAGUAUUCUUGGUUAAUGCCCACUCAAUAACUAGCAUACACGCUUCUGCAACUUCCUUACGGCAAAUAGUCCGUCCUUUUCAUUGGCUCGUUCUAGGUCUUAUUGUCAGAAAGCGCCCUCAAAAUAUUGUUGAGGUCCUUGCCCGAUUG